UCGGAUUUCAAACAGCCUUCUGGAACGGAUUAUGGUCGAAAACCGAGGUUUUACCUCUUCAUCUAAAUUGUAAAUGUAGGUCUGCGCUACUGAGAGUGUUUGGAAGGACAGGAGCGCAGUGAUGUAAAGCAGAAACCGCGGCGACGAGACAGCAAAAGUCUUAACGGCCAAUAAAAAGGCACUCAAGAGCCGCAUUCAUCACCGUUUGCUCGACUGAGGUGAGCGCGCGGGCAAAAAAAAAAAAAAAAAAAAUCAAAGUCCGGAUGGUGGAAAGAAGACUUUGAGAGGACAGCGCGGGAAAGGAAUGUGGAGUGGGAGGGGGGGGGGGGGGGACAGUCGGGACAGAAAGUAGAGAUGUCCUUGAAGGCGCCCGAUGGCAUAAAGGAAAGCCUGCAAUUUCUAGAGGGGGGUUCGGGGGGGGGGCGGCGGAAAGGAAAAGAGAGCGUGCCAGUAUCAUCAGUUCUAAAGCAUAAAUCAGCCCCCAGAUAUUCGGCCCCGCCCACAAGCAACAAGCUUCCUCCUCUUGUGCUCUUUCGCAUCGACUCCGCGAGAACGUCCGCCCGCCCGCCCGCCUGCCUGCCUGCCUGCCCGCCUGCUGCUCUUCGACCUUCGCGCUCACAUGGGCGCCCAAACCAACCUUGGCUCACCAUCUGCCUUUUUUUUUUCUUGGUCGAAAGGAUUCGGAGCUCUCUCACUUUGCCCCCCCCCCACCACCCCCGCGCCGAUGCCUUUCUCUCCGAUUUUUUUUUUUGAAGAGCUUUGCCCCGAAGGUUUCUUCUUUGGAAAGAGGCGGAUAAUCUGAGAAAGGAGACCGAGGGAGGGAAGAGCGCAGCUGCUGCUGUGUGAGAAGCAAAACCAAAAAAAAAAAAAAAAAAAAAAAAAAAGAUAAGGCGACGAGGAAGUGUGCAAGUGUGAAGGGCGACGGGGCCGGCGAGGACACGCACGCGCACGGACCAAAAAAAAAAAAGCCCGCUUCUCUUCAUCGGGCGUCCCCACCUGAAGGUGAAGAGCGCAAAUGCGGCGAGCCGAGACGAGACGUCACGCGGCGGCCGAGUGAGGAAUGAGCCCCGCUGCGAUUUGGCGCUCAUCAUGCUGCCUUGGCCUCUCUUCCCACAUUCGGAAGAGCAACUUUGUCCCCGGCUAGAAUGACGACAGGACACUUGUGAGCUUGGGACACCCCCCCCCCGUGACAACCCUCCUCCUCCUCCUCUUUUUUUUCCUCCCCCCCCCCAUCCUCUGCGCGUGCCUUCGCUUCAGCUGGACUCUUUCCUCCUCACUAUGUUGAUACCAGCUGUCUUGCUAUGGAUUCUUAAUGUCGGCAAACUGUGCUCGGGACAAGACUACAUGGACUACUACGCAGCCGGAGACGCGGGAACGCAGGCGCCGGCGUCGUCGGAUCAGCAGGUGGGCUUGCAGAGCGUGGCCAGCGUGGAUCAGCUGCUGCAGCUUCUCUACCCCGAAUACGAUCUGCUCCAGCAGUGCCUGAGGAAGAAGGCGUGGCACGCCUCCUCGCCCGGCCCGCCCCUCCACUCCGAUUGGGCGCGGCUCAGGGAGGAGGCGCUUUACAAAGUGGACGGCACGCUCGGAGUCAUCCUGGAGGAGAUCCGGCGCACCUCGUGCCAGCCCCGGGAGGUGUGCGUGGAGGUGAGCAAAGAGUACCCGGAAUCCACCAGUCGGUUCUACCUCCCCCGCUGCGUGGCGCUGCAUCGCUGCGGCGGCUGCUGCACCAACGAAGCCUUCUACUGCGCCAACACCAGCCACGCGCUCGUCAACAAGACGCUGAUGGAGCUGUCGCCGCCCAGGAUGGAGCGCUCCGUCGUCAUGGUGACCUUUGUCAAUCACACCGGCUGCGAGUGCCUCCCCAAGCGGCCGCUUCACUCCAUCAUCAGACGAGCCGCGACCGAUCACCUGUGUUCUCCUCCCACGGUGCCGUGCGCUUCGGCGUUCUUGUGGGAUCCCGUCAACUGCAUGUGUGUGCCAAUCGAUGCCAUGAACUACUCGGAGAAAGAAACGGAGGCUUUGGACUCGGGGCUGCUGGCUCUCUGCGGCCCCAACAGAGUUCUGAAGGAGCCCGACUGCCAAUGCGUCUGUCGAAACGGGCUCACCGAGGCCAGCUGCGGUCCGGGCUGGAAACUGGACCACAACACGUGUGAAUGUCAGUGCCAAGGUCAAGGCGAGGGCAAGUGGUGCCCCGUCGGCCAGCGCUGGGACGACGAGCUGUGCGGCUGCGUGUGCGCCGCGCGCUGUCCCGGGAAUCAGCCCCUCAACCCCGACACCUGCUCGUGUCAGUGCCGAGAAAGUCCGCAGUCGUGUCUGCGGCAAGGCAAGAGGUUCAACCCCAACACUUGCAGUUGCUACCGGUUACCAUGCAGGACCCCCAAACGCGCUUGCCUGGCUGGAUUUUACUACAGCCACCAGGUCUGCCAGUGCAUCCCCAACUAUAUGAAGCCGGCGUGGAAUUAGCCGCUCGCAGAGGAGAAGAUGGACGCCAGCCCAGGAUAACGCCUCAUACCCUGGGAAACUUGCGGCCCGAAGCCGCAACAGCCGCCGGGAGGUGGAGCGGAACAACAAACGAACAGCUAUUGGAUUACCACAGACCUCAUCGUAAAUCCGGGCGGCUAAACCCCGCCCCCCCCCCCCAAAAAAAAUCCUUUGUCCCACGGGUGGAUGUAAUGUCAGAAGAGGAAAUGUGACUCCCAAGCGUUCCGUGCGGGGGCUCGUGCCCAAUCGCAGCCGGCAACCAGUGUUGUGUCCGAGGACCGGCAACCCAAGGCCAGGGACCGAGGACUGAUUUUGAAGCUGAGGCCUAACCGAGGACGUGUCUCAAACAAUGCUAUCAGGUCUUCAUGAUUUGCAACGGCCCUCCAUCAUAAGCCCCUUGCACUCCCUAACGCUUGAAUGAAGUCUUUUUAUUCAAAGAGGAGAACAGUCCGGGUACGUGUUAUUUAUACUGAGAAAAACAAAAAUAAAAGCAUAUGAUAUACA